CGUCUUUCAGACCAGAUACGGAGGCUCUGCUGGUGGAGAAAGAGGCUUUGCACACUUAGAAGUGUUCUUUUUUGUGUGUUCUGACCUAAGAGCGUACCGUAUAUGAGAGGAUUGUUGUGGGCUUUUUUGCUUGUUUUUGCACUGGAUGCUUUAGUUGUUACUCUGUUUUCUGGGACUCUACCUGUGAAUGAGAAAGACUUGCAUUUUUCUGGCUACAAAGGACAAUAACCAGUGGAAAUGCAUUUCCCAGGUUUGUGUGAGUUGCAGUCAACUUUAGAGCACUUCUCAUGUAUGCAGAUUGCUGUUUCACCUCUGAAGAGUAACAAAGAAGUUCAUCUGUUACCACUGGAUUUGCUUGUUUUAUUGUCCCGCAGUCACUCAGCCUGAAAAGUCGGAGCACCUCUGGUGUGUUUUUUUUCUUUUUCCGGAGAGUCUCUUCCUCUUCUUAUCACUUCACUUCUACCUCCUUCAUCUUUUUCUCCCCCUCUCCUUUGUGUACUCUGGAGAAGGAGGAGCUCGAUACCAAAGUGAAGAAGACGGGAUCAUGAUGUCAUCACAUUUUCACCAACAAAACUUAAUGGAGAGGGAGAAGAGCACAACUUCAGCUGACUUAGUUUACUCUGCCCCCUACAUGGAAGUACUGUGAACCAAUCAGAGUCCUGCUGACAGCUAGCCAUGGACUGCACGGCGGCUAUUUUGAAAGCAUGCGCCCGCUCCAGAGCCAAGUGGUGUUGCCACGGGCGCUCCAGCGUCCGUCACCCGUGGGGGCCGGCGAAUGGCUGCGGUUGUGGUCGAGGUGUGUUUGCGGGGGGCUUCGUCAACCACACCUCGUCCCUCCUGCGGCGCUUGCUGUUGCACGUUUGCUGUUGUCACGCUCACGAGGAGAGUUCGCAGUUGUGUCGCGAUUGGGGGGAUUGUCCGAUCCAAGGAGUGGAGAAAGAUCGAAGAGGAAGGAGACAGGAGGAAGGUGAAGAUGAGGAGUUAGGACCACCCCCCUCAGUAGAUGAGGCAGCUGACGCCCUGAUGACGAGGCUUGGUUUUCUGCUUGGAGAAAAGGUCAUCAGUGGAGAGCCAGGCUCCCCUUACCAUGCUCAGGAUGGGCAGAGGAUGUCUCCUUCUUCCAGUCUGGCUAGUAGCAACACCUCGCCCAGUUCCACACUGCACCCUCCCACUGGUGCUGAAGGCAGUAGUAACAACAAGCACGCCUCCCCGAACCACGCCUCCGUCACCUCCCCCACCUCAACACUGGAGAGCAGAGACAGUGGGAUCAUAGCCACGCUGACUAGCUAUUCUGCUGACUCAGCUGCAGAGAGGGAUGACGGCGCUAAGUAUGCAGGAGAAUGUUACCAUGGCAGCAGUCUCAACCUGUGGCAGCAGGCGGGUCGACCAGUGGUGGCGUCCACUUCGUCUACCAGUGUGGUAGCGUCAGGAAGCAGAAAUGAGGGUUUUCUAUAUAGGGUGGACGACAGCAUGGCUGCCUCCACUUACAGCCUAAACAAACUCCACCCAGAUCGAGGCGCUGGCCUCACCCAGUCUUCAGGUUCCACCCAUUCCAUCCCCCUCUACUUCAUGCCUCGCCCUAAUUCGGUUGCUGCCACUAGUUCGGCCCACCUUGAAGACCUGGCUUAUCUUGAUGAGCAGCAGAGACACAUCCCUUCAAGGACAUCCCUCAGAAUGCCUAGACAGAAUUCUGGGAUUCGUAGUCAACAGGACCACAGAGCAGUUCGUUUCACUCCCUCUCUGAACCUGAAGCCACUUCACUUUGAGGUUCCUGGUCUCUCAUCUGAUUGGCUCUUCACCGGCAGGGAGUGGCUCUUCCAAGAAAUGGACACCUGCCUCCGCAGUGAUGACCCAGCAACCAGCCGGGGCGCGGUUAUCAUCGGCAACAUGGGAUUUGGCAAAACAGCCAUCAUUGCUCGCUUGGUGGCACUUAGUUGUCAUGGAAACCGUAUGUGGCCAAAUGCUUCUAGCAGCCAGACCAUAAACAAACGUUGCGUCGUCUCAUAUCACUUCUGUCAGGCCGAUAACUGCCACACCUGUCUCGUUCCGGAGUUUGUCCACAACAUGGCGGCUACAUUAAGUAGCGCACCUCAGCUGGCCGCCUAUCGUGAACUACUGCACCGGGCGCCACAGCUCCAGAGCAUGCUCAGUCUGCGCUCCUGUAUCCAAGAUCCGAUCUCUGCCCUUCAGAAAGGAAUACUAGAACCGCUCGACGCUCUCUACAGAGAAAAUAAACUGCAUGUAGAAGGGGCGGGCCUUAUUGUACUGAUUGAUGGGCUAAACGAGGCAGAGUUCCACCGGCCGGACUACGGAGACACGCUGACCUCCUUUCUAUCCCGAACCAUCCAGAAAUUUCCUUCCUGGCUGAAGGUCAUUACCACUGUCAGGACCAGUCAGCAGGACAUCACUCAUUCUCUGCCCUUUCACCGCAUCUCUUUAGACCGAAUGGAUGAGAAUAGCGCCAUAGACCAGGACCUGCAGGGUUACCUGAUGCAGCGUAUCCACAGCAGCACUGAGAUCCAAAGCAAUGUGUCACUGAGCAAUGGCCGCCUCGAUAACACUGCGCUGUCCAAACUGAUCAGCCACCUGAAGAGCCUGAGCAGAGGCUCAUAUCUCUAUUUAAAACUGAUCCUGGACCUGAUAGAGGGCGGAUACCUCGUUCUGAAGAGCUCCAGCUUCAAGGUGGUUCCUGUGAGUCUAGCAGAGGUUUACCUGCUGCAGCUCAACAUGCGCUUUCCCACCCAGUCGUCCUUCCAGAGAGUUCUACCUUUACUCAACGUUACUGUGGCGUCGCUGCACCCGCUGACUGACCAGCAGGGCCUGAGUAAGAAGCUAGGGGUUUCCUCCUCAGUUCUGCAAGGGCUGUGGCUGUCAUACAGCACCCAGAGUUUGAGCCCUGUUCUUGCGUCACUGCGCAACCUCUACACCCCCAAUAUCAAGGUGAGCAGAUUGCUGAUUAUGGCCGGGGCUGAUGUGGAUUACUGUAGCGAUGUCCUCAACAACGCCCCCCUGCUGUGUGUCCACGCUCACCUGGGCCACACUGAUGCUGUAGCACUGCUGCUUGAUCAUGGAGCACAGCUGGAUGCUUGGUCACAUGACGGUUUGACUGCACUGGGAUUCGCUGCUGCAGCUGGUCACCUGGAGAUCGUCACAAUGCUGAGUCAGCACAGAGCCAAGGUGGGUCACGUGGACGGCUCCGGUCGGUGCGUGCUGGUUCACGCAGCCCAGCGAGGCCACCUCGAGGUGCUGCGCUUUCUCCUAAAGAGGGCGGAGUGGAGUUGUACUACCUGCUGUGGACAGAAGGGGGCAAGCAGGAGCCAAGCAGUGCAGCAGGCUUUGAUUGCUGCAGCCAGCAUGGGACACACAGAGAUGGUGUCAUACCUAUUGGACCUUCCAGAGGAAGAUGAAGAAGGGGAGGAGAGACCUGAGAUCAACACAUAUGACAGUCUAUGGGGAGAGACAGGUAAUGACCAUGUAACUACUAUUGUACAAUUCCACGCUGCUUUGGAGGACCUGAUUGAAGCCAGCCGUUUGUGCCCAUCCAACCGGGAGAUUCAGCGCCUGCUGUCACGGGUCAAAGAAGAGUGUCGGCAGGCUGCACAGCAAAAGGACACUCAUCCUCCAUCAUCUAAUCACAUCUAUCAGCAGAACAUGUCCAUCAGCGAGGCCAGGUCUAGAGAUUCAGGUUGUUUGCAGGUACAGGAUAGAGAGGGGCUUACAGAGGAAGAGGAGGAAGAGGAGAAAGCAGAGAGCAGUUUCAGGGAAAGAGACUCCUCUCCGUGUCACCUUCAACCUGCGGUUCAAAGUCUUGACACCCGCUGCCACUCUGGGGUACCAUCGCCCUCCUCCCUGUCCCCCACUCAUCUGUAUCAUCACCUCCCCAGUCCCACCCACGCAGCCUCCCUUUCUUCACCUAGUCACUCUGCACCUCCCCCUCCUUCCACAUCUUAUCACGAUUUCAGCCCUACUUCCUCCCUAAUCCAGCAUCAGCAGCGAGGUGGAAUAGUGUCUGAAAGUAUGCCUACAUUGUCCGAAAGUGGAGGUGUACAAAACUAUCCACAGUCUGACUUAGAUCAGAACCAGGGAGUCCAGCGUCACCCCCAUCUGGCUGGUCAGAGGUUCCAGAAGCAGAACCCCGUCCAAGGCCACUGGCUCCAACCAGCCAAAGCACAGGUGGUCCGAACCAAUCAGCCCAGUUCUUCUACCCACUCCAGCAUGGUUUUGGGAAGUUCUGCCUAUUCCCAGUUCGCCCAUCUGCCCAAAGAACUAGCAGAGCUUGGGGAAGGCUUUUGCUCAAAUCCUAUGGAUGUCAGGCCUAGCCCAUUGGCUCAGCCUGGUCUGAGCUCUGGAGCUUCUUAUGUACAGGAUGAAGAAGAAGACGUUGACCUGGUUAGCCAGGCCAGAGGCACAUCUGGCUAUGGGAAAGCAGCAGGAGCCGAGUGGGCGGGGGUAAACCGUUUUGGCCAGUCCCGUCAGUUCAGCCGUAACCAAUCCAAAGCAGCCUACUACCCUUUGGAAGUUACAGAGGCAGCAAUGGGGUCUUCAGAUAGGCUUCAGUCAUCGCACGAUUAUCAGUAUCAACACCAGGGUGGUCUUCGACGUCCACUCAGUGCUCACCCAACCUCCUCCUCUGGUCAUUCCCCUAGGCCUCUCAUCCAUUCCCAGAGUGUCAGCGUCCGUUUCUCCCCCAGUAGUGGUAGUCUUGCUACUGGACAGCCAGCUAAUCUUGGGCCAGGCUUUAGGACAUCGGCCUCAGUUCAGCACAUGGAUCUACCUUCAGAUCUGGCCUCUGCUAGAAGCAUUAGUGGUUACCAUGAUGAUAACUUCCUGAUCGCCUCUCCCCAGUCAGAAAUAUGCAUGUCAGGAGGCGGGACUUACCCUGGAGAGGUGGGACGUUCAUCUAGGAACACUCCUUUUAUGGGAAUAAUCGACAAGACGGCAAGGGUGCACCAGCAGUAUCAGCAACAGGCUCCGUCCAGCUCAGCGUCCUGUCUCAGUCCGUCUCGCUCCUGGGCCGUGUCUUCAGUGGACACAGUUGUCACUUCGCCCAGCAAAAACCCCCCUCCACCCCAGCUCUCAUCCUUUGCCUACCACAACCGCAGCAACAACAAUGCCCACAAUGGUCACGCCUCUUAUGAUAACCAGCUGGACUUCUACGAGGUGACGCCAGGAAACGUUCAUCAGGGUGAGGGCUCAGUGCAGGUUGCCUGUCAGAAUCUCUCCUACAUGGAUGUGAAGGUGGCUCGGACGCUACCCAUGAUCCACAGCUGCUCGGACAGACCGACUGAGAGACCAGAUAACUGCAGUCUUCCUCUUCCUGCAUCCUUCGGUCAGGUGGUGGAGUUGUUUCUGAAUCAGGGGGUGGAGGUGAACAUGGUGGACCAGCAGGGGCGAACAGCUCUGAUGACUGCAGCCUCAGAGGGGCACAUGAGCACUGCCCAGCUGCUGCUGGAUCAUGGAGCUUCCCUCGAACAGACCGACAGAGAAGGGCUCACGGCGCUGAGCUGGGCGUGCCUAAAAGGCCAGCUCUCAUUGGUCAGAGAGCUUGUGGAGAGAGGAGCAGCCACAACUCAUGCAGACCGCAAUGGACGCACGCCUCUGGAUCUGGCUGCAUUCUGCGGAGACCCAGAUGUGGUGCAGUACCUUGUGGAUCACGGUGCGUCAGUGGAGCAUGUGGACUGCAGCGGGAUGCGCCCUCUGGAUCGAGCAGUCGGCUGCAGAAACACUUCUGCAGUCAUCGCUCUACUGAAAAAGGGAGCCAAAAUAGGUAGAAGCAUGAAGCAUCAAGGUAAAGUGAGGGAAGCCGCUCACUCCUAUCAGUCAGCUCUCCAGAAGUUUCCAGGAGACGAGCUGAAGACGUUCAAACAGCUCAGGGUGUGCGUGCUGCUCAACCUGUCACGCUGUCGCCGCAAGAUGAAUGACUUUAGCCUUGCUGAGGAGUUUGCUACCAAGGCCCUGGAGCUAAAAGCCAAAUCUUAUGAAGCCUUUUAUGCCAGAGCCCGGGCCAAACGCAGCCGCAGACAAUUCCACGCUGCUUUGGAGGACCUGAUUGAAGCCAGCCGUUUGUGCCCAUCCAACCGGGAGAUUCAGCGCCUGCUGUCACGGGUCAAAGAAGAGUGUCGGCAGGCUGCACAGCAAAAGGACACUCAUCCUCCAUCAUCUAAUCACAUCUAUCAGCAGAACAUGUCCAUCAGCGAGGCCAGGUCUAGAGAUUCAGGUUGUUUGCAGGUACAGGAUAGAGAGGGGCUUACAGAGGAAGAGGAGGAAGAGGAGAAAGUAUGCAGGUACUAA